AUGACAUCCAUGGCACGAUACUCGACCAACUGUCCCUUCCUCCACCGGACCUCGACGGCCACCCUCAGGUCGCUCGCCUCGACCCCGAACCCGCUCGCCCCGCAGUUCAGCAACCUGGCCUCGAAAGCCGUCGGUUCUUGUCCGGUGAUGGGUCCCGAGGUGGCCAAGAAGAUGGGAGGGAUCUCUGUCAGGGGCAUGGCGAGCGUCGCUGGACCCAAAGAGGUCAGGGAGAUGCACAAGAACAAGGACAUCCCCUUUACCCACCCGACCUCGGGAGACCCUGGUAAAUGUCCUCACGCGAAAGCCGCCGCUCAGGCCGCUGCGAUCGCCGCUAGCGAAGCUCAGGCUGCCAAGAAGGCCGGGUCGACCAAGUCCACGUCGACCGCCUUGAACAAAGAGAACUUGACCAUCAACACCUCGACUCAGAAGACCAGAAAGACCUUUGGCUAUUCGUCCUUUUACGAAUCCGAGCUGGAAAAGAAGCACAAAGACAAGUCUUACCGAUAUUUCAACAAUAUCAACCGGUUGGCUGCCAAGUUCCCCGUAGCGCAUACGAGGGAGACGGCCGAUGAGGUGGAUGUUUGGUGUAGUAAUGAUUAUUUGGGGAUGAGUAGGAAUGGGGUGGUUUUGGAUACCAUGAAGAAAACUUUGAACCGCUACGGAGCCGGCGCGGGGGGUACCCGAAACAUCGCCGGGAACGGUGCCAUGCACCUGUCGCUCGAAGACGAGCUCGCCUCGUUGCAUCGCAAGUCGGCCGCUUUGGUCUUUUCCUCGUGCUACGUCGCCAACGACGCCACGCUCGCCACCCUCGGAGCCAAGUUGCCCGGGUGCGUCAUCUUUUCUGACGAGAGCAACCACGCCAGUAUGAUUCAGGGGAUCAGGCAUUCGGGGGCCAAGAAAGUCAUCUUCAAGCACAACGACGUCGCCGACCUCGAGGCCAAGUUGAAGACGGUCCCCAAGGAGACUCCCAAGAUCAUCGCCUUCGAGUCGGUCUACUCGAUGUGCGGGAGCGUGGCUCCGAUCGAAAAGAUUUGCGACCUCGCCGACGAGUACGGCGCGUUGACCUUUUUGGACGAGGUCCAUGCCGUCGGGAUGUACGGCCCCGGAGGAGCUGGGGUCGCCGAACACUUGGAUUUCGAGGCGCAUCACGCGACCAACCAGUCCGAGUUGCCCGUCAAGGGUAGCGUGCAGGACCGGAUCGACAUUAUCACCGGUACCCUAGGCAAGGCUUACGGUGUCGUCGGCGGGUACAUUGCCGCCUCGGCCGAUUUGGUCGACGUGAUCCGUUCGUACGCUCCCGGGUUCAUCUUUACCACCAGCUUGCCCCCCGCCAUCGUCGCCGGCGCCCAGGCUUCGAUCGCUUACCAGCGCGAGUACAUGGGCGAUCGUCGAUUGCAGCACGUCAACACCCGAGCCGUCAAGCAGGCGUUCGAGGCCAAGGGUAUCCCUGUCGUCCCCAACCCUUCGCACAUUAUCCCCGUCCUCGUAGGGGAUGCCGCCUUGGCCAAAGAAGCCUCGGAUACGCUCUUGAGCGAACACGGCAUCUACGUGCAGAGCAUCAACUACCCUACCGUCAAGGUCGGCGAGGAGCGACUCCGAAUCACCCCGACCCCGGGGCACACGGUCGAACAGAUGGACCACCUCGUCAGCUCGAUCGAAGCCGUAUUCGACAAGCUCGGCUUGAAGCGGAUCAAGGACUGGGAAGCCGUCGGCGGACGAGCCGGUGUCGGUGCUCCUCUCGCUACCGCCGAGUCCAAGCCUACCCCCGUCUGGACCGACGCUCAGCUCGGACUGAUGGACGGGACCGCGCCCGUCACUCUGAAGGAGGGCAAACAGAGUCAGAUCGAGGAUGGAGCGGCGGAGAGGGCGAUGGAGAGGUUGAUGGGGUAUUUGAGCGUACAGCCGAUGUUGCCCGAGAGCGCUUACGAUGCGCCUUUGUGA